AUUUCUUACGUCAACCGUUAUUGUGUACGGGAUUUUUUUUAUAAUUUCCUCAAGAGUAAAAUUAAAAAGAUUUCGUCAAAAUCUCAAGAAAAUGCCCCAUCUUUUCAUUAAAACAUUAAUUUUAUUAUGAACGAUAGUAUAUAUUACGGUGGUUCUGGUCGUGAAUCGGGAGUGGUAAGCGACUGUGACACCAUGGCAGAACUCGCAACUCUCCUCAGGAAUGAAAUUCCUGAGGGGCGAAGUAAUUUAACCGAUAACCACACAAACUUGGAACGUGUGGCUGAAUAUUGCGAAGCGAAUUACUUUCAAAUGGAAAAUAAACGUGUUGCUUUGGAAGAAACGAAGAAUUAUACAACACAAUCUUUAGCUAGUGUUGCUUAUCAAAUUAAUACGUUAGCUUUUAAUUUUUUACAACUCCUCGAUUUACAACAAAGUCAACUGGCUGAAAUGGAGAGUCAAAUGAAUCAUAUCGCUCAAACUGUUAUGAUACACAAAGAAAAAGUUGCUAGGAGAGAAAUUGGGGUUUUAACAGCAAAUAAAUCUACUUCGAGACAAUACAAAAUUAUUGCUCCUGCUAAUCCUGAAAAACCCAUUAAGUAUGUUCGAAAACCGAUUGAUUAUGCAGUUUUGGAUGAAAUUGGUCAUGGGGUAAGAAGUUCGGGGACCCCACGUCAAAAACAACGAGGUUCAAGUCAAGGGAGUAUCCAAUCGAUUAGUGCAAUGUCUACAAAUUCAACUGUAGGUCCUGCACCAACCACAAAACCUCCAACUCCACCACAAGUUACACGAACGAACAGUAAAGUUUCAGUUUCCGGUGGAACUCUAAGUAAAGCAAGUAGAGAAUAUAGAACUCCUCCAGCUGUAGCCCCACCUCAAGUUCCAAGUCAUUACGCCCCCAAUUACCCCAUUGGACAUCCUCGAAGGGGUGAAAGAGGUCCUGGAUAUAGCACCUUACCUUUAGCCCAACAUAACCAAGCCAUGUCGCCCCCUCAAGUCGGUAUGGUCCAUCCUAUGAGCAUUCCAUCACAAACACAACAAGUUCAACAUGUUCAGCAACAUCCUCAAACUCCACCUCCGCCUCCACCACCAGGAAAUACAGUUUAUAUUCAAGAGCAACAUAUGAGUAUGCCACCUCCUCCUUCCCCAUUGGUAAAUCAAGAAAUGUUAAUAACAAAUAACCCCCAUCACCAUGCAAUGUUGGGUCAACACAAUCCUGUUCCACAUGGAAGUUUAGGAAUGCAUACUUUAUCACAUCAUCAACGAUUAACAAGAGGCGGAGGAUCACAAUCACCACCUUUACCGCCUCCACCACCCCCCGAAGAAGAACACGAAGAUUUUGGGCGUCCCAGAACAUCCGGUGUAAUGCCCAUUGUUCCUGAUGAAGAGGAUUUACCCGGAUGGGUACCAAAGAAUUACAUAGAAAAAGUGGUUGCUAUUUAUGAUUAUUAUGCAGAUAAAGACGACGAAUUAAGUUUUCAGGAGAGUGCGGUUAUUUAUGUAUUAAAAAAGAACGAUGAUGGUUGGUGGGAGGGAGUUAUGGAUGGAAUAACCGGAUUAUUUCCGGGGAAUUACGUUGAACCUUGCGUUUAAUUAAAAGAAAAUAAUAUAAAAAUAUUGUUUUAGGAAUCGAUGCCUUUGUAGGUAAUUUUGUCUUUAUUUUAAGCUCUCUCAGUGCUUCUUUUUUAUACUAGAACAAAUAAUAAUGAGGUUUUGUGCUUGAUUAAGUUAAGUCGGAAAUAAAUAAUAAUAAAAAAAAGAAUUAAGAAAGAUAUCGUAUUUAAAGUUGAGAACAUAAACGAAAUGCUUCAUAAUAUAAAUAAAAAAAUUAUAAUAUAAUUGAAAUAAUUAUUAUUAUCGAUGAUAGUGUC